CAUAGAAUAUGCAAAUAAAAUCGACAAAGAGAGGCUUUGUGUCUUCGGAUGUUUCUGCCUCCUAAUGCUCUCUAUGUGCAUCGCGGAGAGCCCGUUCCGACAAGCACCGGGGCCCUUGUCGAAGGUUCAGAAGCCCUCGUGUAUAAACAACCGGACCUUGAAUGAUUCAUGUUCCAGCCCUCGUGGCGACCGAUACAUUUCUGCGGAAGAUAAAGAAUUUUCUGUCACAUACAGAUAGAGAAGAAGAAGUGAGAAUUGAUGUGGGAGCGAGAUUGCACGCACGCCAUACAAAAGGUCGAAGAGAGGAAGAGAAGCUAAAGACUUCGACCGAGCGCAGGCACGAGUCAGCUGCAGCUGCAACUCAUGGAUGGAAUGCAAUGGGCGGGGGUGGGUGUGAUCUGAUCUGAUGGUCAGGGUCCUUGCUCCCCUGCAUCUGUCUCGUAGCGUCUCGUUGCUUCCGCUCGGGAAGCUGCUGCUACUCGUCUGUCCCCCGAGACGAGGUUCUCAGGCCUCGCGUGCUGCCAUGUUAUUUCGUAUUGCCUGCGACGCGGCUGCUGCUGCUGUCGUAGGAGGUUCUCCACCCGUACAUCGUCGGAUGUGGUGAGAUCUGCUCGGUGCCCCGAUCGACCGACGAGAAGAGGACGAGUCUCUGCUCUGAACUGGUUGAAUCUGGGGAGGAAGCGGGAUUCUCAAAUCCAAGAGGCCACCGAACUGCCUCGGCUUCGGUCAGAUGAAAGAAUGUCUCUGGAUUGGCCCGACCAGACAUCGAUCGUUCGCUCGCAUGUGAACAAUAUAGCGCAGAGAAGAGCAUUUAUGCUCUCAUCCAGAGCGAGAGCCUUCUCUCGUCUGAUAACCCCAGGAUCAUUACGAGUACCUCGUUCUGCACAAGUACGCAUCUUACGAUGCGACUCCGUAGACAAUAACGAGAGAGCGCAUGCUUUGAUUAAUCAACAGACAUGACAACCCUGCACGAGAUGAUGUGCACCCAAGACACGUGAACCGAGCGACGGCGGCCACAUGUGAGAUCGUUUUUCGGGCAGCGAAGUGGCUUAUGUCACCUCUGGCUGGCUGGCUGGCUGGCGGGUUGGAUCUCUGAUGUUGCUCCGGAACACAUCGCCGAAUGUGAUGUCAGGGCGAUAUGGGAAAGGCACUCACUAACUCUAUUCUCAGAAGGGCCGGAGGCUCCAUCAGUGGCCGCUAAGUGCCAGAUCGCCCGAAGAUUUUCUGCCGUAAAAGUUCCUCGUUUUAGAUCCAGAUUUCGAGCUCCGAUUGGCGCCUCUGUCACUUGUCAGCACUAAUGAUGCAUUGAGCGAGUCGAUGUCACCUAUUUUGGACUUGUUGUUGACCGCAGCGCCGAUUUAGGUCUAGGUCUCGGGCUCUCAAACUCUCCCCUCGCUUGCCAAGUGCGUCUCGCACGCUUGCGAUCAUGGCGACAGAAAGUGUCAUGAUCGAGCUCUGCGCUCGCGGAGUCCCUGACGACGGGCCCGAGUGCUGAGAAGAUCUAUCUCUAAUAAGCCUAGCGCUUCUGGCUGGCUGGCUGGCUGAUGAGGUCCAUGAUGGAUAAUCUUCGACCUCUGGUCAUCCAGGACGGGCUAGAAGACUGGAGAAUGAUGGACCCCGAGUUUAUGACGACCAGUCUGACGGAAACAGUGAAUGUAUGUACAUCGGACGGAGCCAAGACUGAGACCGAGAUCUUGUUAAGAGAAGUGUAUGAGCUUGCAUUGGGCGACACAAGACCGACGAAUCGAGACUGCCGAAUGCCUCUAUCUCACAUGCACAUCUCGAACCUCCUGAACAUCUACUGCUGCAGAGCUUGAAGCGAUCUGUGCGACAGAGUGCAGUUUCUGCACUCUGCCGAUAUGAAUCUUCCGCUCCUGCCGCUCGUUCUUACUAUUCCCGUUUCCGGCACAAACUUCGGGUCAGGAAGACAGAGGCCCAGGAAUCUCGCCUAGUCUACUGGAGACUUCCAUGUCUGAAAGCAGACCUUCUAUGUUAAGUCCCCGAGGCCAUGGAGUCGGAGGCCAACUGUAUUCUAGAGGCCGUAAAGCGUAAAAUCCACGGCAAAUUUCACGGCUGAUUGCCGUGACCAGCUGGGCUUGAUUGCGAAACAUAAUCUCUGCUCUGCGGUCUGAACUUCCGUCCGAGCAGCUAAAUUGGAAGAUGAGAGAAAGAAUAAAAGCGUUCCAUGUUGUCUUGCUCGAUGUUCGCAGAGGCUCCUGUGACCAACCAACCAGUUCACUAUCAGCAGAAACUAUCAGAUCUUGAGGUGUAGAGGAAUAUCUUCUUGGCUUGUUGCUAGUCUCCGCUGAUCCUGUCAGUCGGUUACUGGACGUAGUUUGUCGAGGAGUUUACUUAUCGGGUUGAAAGCGGUGCCCUGCGUUGGUGGACUCGUUCGGGCCACCUUUUCCUGCACAGGGUUUUGUCAUUUGCCAUGGCCAGUAAUUAAUGGGUAUGAUGAAAGUUUUGGCAUGCUGCUUUACACAAGCAUUUUCCAGUUGUUUCCAUGAUCAUUUUUAGAAUGAAUCCCCUGGUCAGCAGUUUGGCCGCUGCUGCAGGUUGCUCUAAAGUGAACUUCUGUAGCAAGUUGCCUCUACCUUCUGCCAAUUUCCACCUGCACGAAAAACCUGCAAUCUGAGAACCUUUUUGCAUGCCACUGAUAUAACCUCUGGAGGUAGUCUCUCUGGCUUCAGCCUUCCGAGUGUAGCCAGCUCCUCUGCUACGACACGUUCAGAAGGCACACCGUAUUCGGCUUAACUCUUUGCUGGACGUAUCUCAUGUUCCAUUGGCAAGCCUCCUUUGUCCUUCCUUUUGUUAAACACGGUCUUGGAGUCCCUCGUUCACUUGGCAUCGAUCUUGCCAAAGUGGAUUUCCACGAACUUGAGAAAUAUCUGAAGUUUGCCCUCGGUCAGCUUAAGUAACAUUAUAAAACAUAAGUAAUAAAACUUCACACUUUAUCAGGAGGUCGGUCAUUGGAAGGAGGACAGCAUAGUCCAGAGCGACAGGUGUAGCUUCGAGGCUAUCUUUUUCCAAAUCUGUUCUCAGCAGAGGAUAAUAAUAAUCUGCUGGAACAUGAAAGGAAGCAUGUUGUCAAUGGACCAAACACAGGAGAGCUCCGAGUGCCUGUAAGCUUGUUCAAUCAGG